AUGCAUGCCCUCCUGUUCCUUGGCUGCUUCAUCCUGACGGUGUCAGAGUACCUUUUUGGCUCAGCCCACAUGAUCCCAGAGGAAAGACUCUCCAGCAACAGAGUGGUGGUGUCCAAUGCUCUGUCUCAGAGCAUCGAGGCGCCGUCGCCUCCUGUUCUCAUUGUAGGUAAGUUUUUAGUUUUAAACCUUAGCGGUGUAUCAGCAAAGACAGUCUGAGCCUUCACUCUGGUGUGCUGACACUCUAUGUUAGUAAAACUGUUGAAUCCUGAUAUAAAUGGACAGAGCAGAUUUAAUGAGUGUUUACGUCCUUUAAAAGUCAAAAAGCUGCAUUGAACCAGUUCUUUGAUAAAAGAUAAAAUAAAAUCAAUCAAUUAUCAUCAUGAAUACUGUGGUGUUUUUUUCAGAGCUGCCCAAGUCAUCGAAGAAGAGCAAGAAGCCAAAGAAACAAAGAAAGGUAUGAUGACACGAACCCCUGAUGUGUCUGAAGUCAUGUCAGUGGUGUGCUCAGAAUGUUUGAGGGUUGAAAUGAUCAUCUGAAAGAGUGCCCCCUAUUUGCUGUGAGGUACUAAUGCUCCAGAGAUGUGAUCUAUAAAGACCUGCUGCCUCUACCCUCUUCAGUUUCCUGAAGCUCCUCGGUAUUCUGUAAAAAUGAGGGAGAGGUUCAGGUCUAGCCCUCUGGGAGGUCAUCCCGAGGGAACUUAGUUAACAUUUGAUUCACUCUAAGAGCAAAAUGAGAGGGCACUAGUUUAACUUCCCGAAAUGCAGCCAGAGGACAAAUUUCUUAUUAAGUCCAAUGGUACCACUGAGCUUGGAGUAAAUUAAAUAGGGUGGUUUGGUCUUGGUCCCAGAUCUCUAUCUUGUUCCCUUGAGGAUCGCCAGUCGGCAAUCGUGGUAAAUGGAUGAAAUUUCUUUUUUUCAUGACAAAGCAUAUAGAGGGCACUUUGUUUGUAUUCAUUAUACCAGAGGAGCAUGUAGAGGGCACUUUGUUUACAUUCAUCACACUAGAGAAGCAUGUAGAGAGCCGUUUGUUAACUUUUAAGAGAUUCUUUUCCAUGUGAUCUGUCCCUCAAAGUUUUUUUUUUUUUUUUAACAAAGGACUGUUUUUUAUUUUUUUUAUUUUUAUUUUUUUACCACAAAUGGAUUUACAAGCUCACAUCUACAGGGUACUUUCUAUUCUUACAUGAGGCCCUGAGGGGGGUGGGGUGGUUCAACCCCCUUGCCCCCAUUUGAGUCCAUCACUGCUGUAUUUAAUGUGGGAGUUUGAAAUAAUUAAAUCCAAUUAUGCUGCCGUUGUUCUCUGAUGAUCUGUUUUGAAAUGGUGUCAGUUUGUACCUGUUACGUCUGCACUAAAAUACAUAUCUUUGUGAUUCUGUCUGACUCUAACUCGCCCUUUAAAGUCAACAUAACUCCCUCCUCCAUCUCUCUCUCUUCUUAGAACAAAUUUGGGGUGAAGAAGCGUCCUCCUCCUCCGGCAAACUGUAUUCCCUUGUGGGGAAGCUGUAAAUCUCCCAGUAACGUCUGCUGUGAUUUCUGUGCCUUCUGCCAGUGUCGGCUCUUCAGGACUGUGUGUUUCUGUCGAAUGGGUAACCCUCGCUGCUGAGCGCCCAGUAACCCACAGCUGCGCUCUGAGACCGAGUAACACGACCAAACUCAUGUUAACAUGAGCCAUUCGGAGUGACCACGGGGAGAGGCAAAUGACUUUUAGCUCUCCGUUUGUAACUUUAUCUAAAAAUUCACUGCAUGACAGCACUUUAUAACAAAGGACCACACAGUGAACUUUCUGAAAUAUUACAGGGUGUACUGCUUACAGCACUGCAAGGACACUUGCCCACAACAAGGAAAAAAGUUGUUUUUAAAACUUUUUAAACAGAAUUAGAAAUGUGUGUUUUUCCUUUACUUUGAGCUUCAGACAUGCAUACAGUGAAUAUGUUUGCUCAGAUGAUUUUAUACAAGC